AGUCACAUGGUACCUGACGUCGGUCUGCUUUGAUUCUGAGCACGCGUAGAUUUGCGAACGGUGCGUGUCGCGCGCGCCAAUGACGUCGCUGGCCGCUGCGCCUCGCCGGGAGGCUGUCGCCCGACACGUGGGGAUGGAGCCGGUCCAGGGAGCCAGGCAGCUGCGGAGGAGCCGGAGGCUGCAGGCGCAGGGGCUAGAGCCGGCGCCCGAGCGUCCCCGGGAGGAGCCCCCGGCUCCCCCGCUCGGCACCGAGGACGGGCAAGCGGGUGUCCCCGGGGAGCCCGGCCGCGGCGAGACCCUGGUGGUGGCCCCGGCCCCGGCCCGGGCCCUGCAGCGGCGGAAUCCGGGCAAGGAGGCGCCGGCGGUUCCCAAGGGGAAACCCAAAUCCGGGCGGGUGUGGAAGGAUCCCGGCAAGAAACGGUUUUCCCAUAUGAUUCAGGACAAGCCCCUCCGCACCUCCUGGGAGCGAAAGAUGAAAGAGCGCCAGGAGAAGAAAAUAGUCAAGGAUUUUGCCCGGCAUCUUCAGGAAGAAAAACAGAGAGAGCGUGAGGAGAAAAAGCAGCGCCGGGAAGAGAACUUGAAACGACGCCUGGAGAACGAGCGGAAGGCGGAGAUCGUACAAGUGAUCCGGAAUCCGCUCAAGCUGAAGCGUGCCAAGAAGAAGCAACUGCGCCGGAUUGAGAAGCGGGAUACGCUGGCACUAUUGCAGAAACGCCAGGCGCAGCGCAAAGAGGCCAAGGAGUGAGGCUGCAGAGGGGAAGGGGAAUAAAGCCUCAGGGCAGCUGUUUCUCUGGGGUCCAUCUGUCCUGACACUGCUUUCCCAGCUAUCCUGCCCACCGCCUCCUUAUGCCUUCGCUGGGGACUCUCCACCAUUUCUCCUCCCUGCUGUGGGCUGAUCAGCUGCGCUGAGUGCACGCUGCUGGCUUACACACAAGAGGGGUUAUACAAACUCAUGGGCCGCACGGCUGCUCUUAAAUGGAAACCUGCAUUAUCUUCUCUUGCACCAGCGAGGCAGGAUGCUGCAGUCCACAGCGCUGGGAGGUGUCAUAAGCCCUAAUGGGACAGGGAUGAGGUGUCCUCAUACUGGCUGACUUGGGGCAAAGAAACCAAAGGCCGUGGCAGCUGAGCCAAUGUGUGAACUGGAGCCCCUGCUGUUAAAGGCCCUGAAUUCUCUUAAGCGGCGCACGCUCACUUGCUUGUGGAGCUGGUGGGAGCAGGGCUGGAGCAGGGAGCUGCUUCUGGUGUCUGUCUUGGCCUGUGCCUCAAUAAUUUGAUCUUCUGUUAGGAGGAACCGCAUGGAAAAAGAUUUGGAUUUGUAGGAACCUAGGUUGUAGGCUGGAUGCUGUCUGUUGCUGUCUUAUAUUUGUAAUGGUCUGUCACCUUGGUCUGUGGUAAAGGACAGAAGUCCCAGCUGCCCAGAGUAGGCUGAGCUUUUCUGCCAUCAAUCAGCCUCUUCCCCAGGUUUGAGGUGGGUGUUCGUCCUUCUUGCCUUAGCCAAUUGUUGGCCUUUCUGCUGAGACUGACAACCAGGGGCCUGAUUAUUAAAUGAGAGGGUGGGUUUUUAUUUUGCUGGACUCAUAGUGGGUCACCUGUGGCAGAUUUCCAGCAACUUGUUGAAGAGGUUCCUGGCAACAGCUACUAGAGGAUGACGGUGGGUUGCUCCCAACCACGUCAGGGCUGUAUGUGAGAAGGGAUUUGUUGAUCCAUGCAGAAAUCUUGCUCUGGCCAAAGAAAUGAAGCAGAAGG